UCAGUCGACUUCCGCCACGAAACGCGUUCGGACGUGCCCUGAGCUGACCAAGAGUGUUAGUAAAAACUACCAGCCACUCCAGAAACCCGGCACGACGAUUAACUGAAUGGCUUGAUAAUAUUUUUUUCACGUGUGUUUCGUGUGUUUUUUGUGUUUUGUUUAUGUUCUCGUGCGUUUCUGGCUAUCGGUGGUUAAAAAACCUCUUUUGCAUAUUGUCUUUACUUUUUAAUUGUUGUUGUUGAUGUUGAUAUUGUGCAACAUCAGUGGCGCGUAACAACCCCCUGAAAAGGGCGCAAGUGUGUGUGAGCGAGUGGUGAGUCCUGGGCCACAGGAUGCGCUCGACUGCCCCGCGACCGGUCCGCACCUGUCGCCCCUCCUGAGUUUCCAGCGACAAGUGCCUUCGAGACAAUAACGAGAUAUAUUUUCACAGUGUGUGAAAAAAGUAUCUUAAUUUAUGCAAAGCGCGGAAAAGUCAGCUCUUGGUGGAGAGCGGGUUGGUGGAAACCUGUUGGGUUGGUGGGAAAACCCGGUGGCAGAGACUCCCACAAGUGGCAACGGAUCGUGGAUUAAUAGCGAAGGCAUUCUUGACAAGAAAAUACACGAUAAGGGAUAAAGAGAAAGAGGAUAUUCCAAAAAAGAAGUGCGGAUAUUUAAAAAAAAAAAUUGAAAGUCAGAGACCCAAAACAGAGCUUUUAGAAUUGAACUUCUCGGAUUUUUAUUAAUUUAAAAAAAAUCAUCAAGAGAAAAUGUAUAAAACUAAAAAUUGCGUUUGAGUCGGAUAAAAGACUUAUAAUAAAGAUAAAAUUUCAAGUGUUGUGCCUAAAAAGAUGAAGUUCAAAAAAUAACACACAGACAUUUUUUUCUUUUUUAAUUAUUAAAUGAAAAAUACUUAAAAGACUUUAUUGAAACCAUUUCUUCAAUUGGCUUUCUUCCAAAUAAAUAACCAAACCAAUAAUUACUUAGAGGAGAACUUUAAAUAAAAAAACAAAAACUCCUUCCUUUCAACAAUAAAAUCCAAAUAAAAACUGCAAAUGCAAUUGAGCAGAGCCUAAAUAAAAAUUAAAAGAAAGUCAAUAAUUUUCCCACAGUGGAGCUGAUCUAAUGGCCUACUACCGGCGAUCAUGCUAAUUGUUGACAUGUUGACUUUGGCAUUGGCAAAUGAGCACAUGAUACAUGCAAAUUGCAAGAGCAACAUUGGCAGUACAAGCGGCUUCAUCGAUGGUUCUGGCCAAAUGGGAAAAAUGACGGCAACGACGCUGGCCAACACAGGCGGCGGUGGACUAGGCCAGAAGCCGAGCGAUUUCGGCCAUUUUAAAUGCGAGACACGCAGCUCACGCGAUAAUGUUGCGGCCGUUGCUGCCACCGCUGUUGCUGUUGAUUCCGAGGCGCGCCAGCAAUGUUUGUUGUUGCAGGAUGGGGGAGGAGCAGGAGGCGGGGGAGUCAUAGAGGCAUGCCACUCGGCGCGUGCGCGUGCUGAAUACACUGACAAUGGCAGUGACAACAAUGGCAACAACAGUGGCGACAAAGGCAGCUCGGCAACGGAAGUGGCCACGAAAUGCGAGUACGCGCAACUCGAGCGUGAGAGUCGUGAAAAGCAAAGACGAAACCAGAGCGUGAGCGCAGGCGCAGGUCAGCAACCACCCAAUGUGACAACUGGCAGCAGCAACAGCAACACGGGCAGCAACAACAACAACACAAGUAGCAAUGGAAAUGGUAGCAGCGCCUGCUCAAUACCUACAAUUGGCAGCGAGCUUUUCAAAGCCAACCUUGUGGCAGCAGCAGCAGCAGCAGUCGUCGCAGCUGAGCAGCAGAGGCAGCAGCUACAGCAGCAGCACCAGACCCAGCACCAGCAACAUCAAUCGUUUAACAGCAAUCAAGCCACGGAUUCUGGUCAAAAUUUCCAAAGAAGUUUUAUAAUCGGUGAAAAUCGAAAAGAAAAGCCUUGCAAUCACAAGGAAACAACGACAACGAACAGUGACCAGCUGGAAAUCUGGCCAGAAGAGUCCGUGGAAAGUCGGGAAAAAGCUGCGCGACGUACAGAAAAAUUGUGUGUGCAAAAACCCCAGCCAGACAACGGAUUGCUGGACGAAUUUUUUUUACACUCAUGCAGUGAAAAGAAUGUGCAAAUAGUUAAUUGUGAUUCGUUGGGCGAAGGGCCAAGUAUCGCAGGCCCGUCAUACCUCAGUCGAGAAACAAAAAGUGGACCCAGCUCGGAGGUGGGGCAGGCGCCAUUGUCAUUGCCACAGAAAAGCUAUAGCAGCAGCAGCACCACCACCACCCCCACCAGCGUCACCUCGUGUAGCACCACCCAGACUUUAGAUUCGGGUGCGGAAUCGGAAUCGGAUUCGGGCUCGGAAUCGGAAUCCAAAGCCUCGAAGCCUCCCAGCUGCUGCUGGGAUGUUGCUGCUGUCACUGAAAGCAAGUCUGUUGUUGUUGGGGCAGCUGUGCUGGGUUACGUGAAACUAGCAACAUGCAAUGACAGUAACAACAACAUCGAGCAGUCCAAGCAUCCUUUGGCAGCAACAUCAUUAGAGCAGGUUCAACCAGAGAAGCUAAUUGAUUGCAUUGAUUCCCUGUCUGGCAAUAUUGACAUUGCUCCUGCAACAGGAACUGAAAUUGCAACCAGCAACAGCAGUAGCAGCAACAACAGCAACGAGCAGGACCUCAUUGAUUUUGAGAGCGAUUUGGGUGAGGACUUUGUGGCAAGUCAGAGGUUGAAACGCCUGCAAUACAAUUUUCAGGGACGCGUGGCCACCAACAACAGUGGCAGCAACAACAUCGAUUGUGUAAAGGCAUCCUUGAGACCAGGACAACAGCAACAAACAAUAAGCAUAACAAAGGAACUACCCCCAGAGUUAGCUUCGAGUCAUCAAGGGACGGGGAAGUACCUGCAACCCAACCAGGACAAUAAGACACCCGAAAGACCUGCAACAGCACCAGUGAGGACACCAGCCCCACUAGGCUCCAGUGCCAUUCAAUUAAAUGUAAAUGCACAAGUACAUCGGAUACCAAACGAAACUGAAAAUGGAAACGGCAAUGGAAAUGAUAAUGAAAAGCUAGAAGGCAGACGAACAGCUGAACAAUUGUCACAUUUGCUGAAUUUGGAAAAGGAUUCGCCACUGCGCAGGUGCGAGAGAGAAAGGACUGGCGAAGCAGAGAGAGAAGAGGCGAGUGCUGGCGAGCGAGAGGCACAAGCUAAGGAAAAGUGCGACCAAGUUGUAAUCGAAAUCGAAACGGAUUGUGAGGACAACCACGUCGUCGUAGCCAUCCCCGUCGAUCCUGAGCCCGUGAAGAGCGCCUUUGUGGCCAAAAGCGGCUACGCAGGACUCGAGGAGGCACCUCUGCCGCUUAGCGAAUUCGAUGUGCAACGCUUCCGCGAAUAUCUAAAGGCUGCCCGGCAGCUGCAAUGGAAUAGUAUUCAUCCGGCGGAUAGCCAAAAGUUCCAAUGCUACGACGAGCUACUGGCCGAGUUUGUAAGUGAACAGCAAUACUACCAGGACUGUGACUACUAUCAGGAUAUCGAGGAUAACGACGGCAACGAGGAGGACUUUGAGAUACACACCGAUAGCGACAGCGACACCUGCCAGUAUCAUGAGUGCCUAGUCAGCCAGGUCAGCAGCCACCAACAGCAAGCAUCAGCCAAUCACUGUCACACUCAGACACAAACAACGACCACAGAGGGCCUGGACUUGGCAGCUCCUCCCCCACUUUCGCCUCCACCUUUGAAUCCCUUACUAGCCGAUCCCGUUUAUCUGUCCAAGAUGCGCGAGGUCAACGGUCAGCUGCGCGGUCUUCUCAAGAAGCCGAACCGGCCGCCGCCCGCCCGCAAGAACCGCGUCGUCUUCGACGAGACUCGCAACGAGUUCUUCGAGGCGGACUACAUUAUCCUUAUCCGGGAAGACUGCGCCUACGACGAGGAGGACGAGGAGCCCUGCACCUGCGGGGAGCACGAGCUGGUGCGUCUAUGCUGCGAGGAGGGCUGUCAGUGCAACUAUGCCGUCAAUCCCGCCGAGGCCGGCGAUGGCCGGACGCCACAGAGCCCCAAAUACCAGCCGCCGAUUGAGUUCGUGGACGACGCCGCCCUUAGUCCGCCCGACGGCUACAAGGACAGCAGUCUGAAGAACACGCUGGGCGGCGCUCUGAGCGGCCACAUCUUCGGGGCCCAACACCUGCAACAGCUGCAGGUUAUUCAGCGGUUGCAGCAGCAGCGGGCUGCGAUGCUGGCCGCUCGCAACAGUGCCGGCGGACAGAUACCUCCUCCGCCCCCGCCCGUUGGCAGUGCCCAGCAGCAGCAACAGCAGCAGCAACAACAGGCGCAGCAACCUCAUCAUGGGACGAUGCAGCAGCAGCCGACGGAGGAGGACAUCCAGGGGGUCUGCACCGAGUGUGCUGAGUGCGCCGAGUGUGCUGCCAAGCAGCUCCAGGAAGCAGAGUGCAGUUCCCCUCAGUGCCCGGAGGAGAUGACGCCUCUUGGAGUACCAGCCGUGGCCCUCUUGCCCAUUCACACCAGUUCCCCGGAGCGACGCAUCACCCAGAAGGAGAUCAUCGCCGGGGAGGAGCGACCCAAGUACGUUCUGCAGUCCCAGUACAAGCCAUCGCCGACAGGAGUGACCGAGCGUCGGAUCAUCCGGGAGGCGCAAGAGGACGUCACUACCGCCGGUUCGGUGCCAGGUGGGGUUGCCACUACCACCUCUGAGUCCGGAGUCGCCGCCAGUGGAGCGUCGGAAGUUCUGCCUCCGGCGCUCCCAGCCAAGGCAAGUGCAACAGCAGCUGCCGCUGCCGCCGCCGUAGCAGCCUCAUCGGGAUCUGGUUCCGGUUCAGGUUCAGGAUCGGAGCCGCAGGUCGAAGCCCAGAAACCGCCCCCCAUACCGCCCAAGGAGACCUCGCCCACGCAAAUCAGCGGCAUCCUGAAGGGCGGCAAGCUUUGGAAGCAGGACUCUAUUUCACAGCAAUCUGAUGACCAGAACAACACCACCUCAGAGGACGAGAGCGGAGCCACAAAGCGUUCCGUGCGAUUCGUAACCGAGGAUCAGGCCAAUGCCGGAACCGAUAGUGAUGCCCAAUCCCUCGCCGGUGAGCUGGACGACAGCGAGAACCAAAUCAACGAGCUGAUCCCGAUCAAGAAGCACUCCACGUUGUUCAACAAUGCCCUGCGUCCUAAUUCUGCGGUGCGCCAGCUGUUCCCCAGCGUUUCGGCCCAGCAGGCUCCGGUUCUUACCUCGGAGGCUCUCCGAGCCUUCGAUGAGUCCAAGCGGGCCGGGUGCCUGGUCACCCAUUUGCCGGGAAGCUGCGGGGACUCGGAUACUCUUCGUCGCAGCAUGGAGAGGAAUAUAUUGCGACGAUCGUUGAUCAAGAAAAAGGCCGUCAAGUCGGAUAUAUCCUUAGAAGAACGCAUCAAACAGUUGACCUGCGACAUAGACGAGGAUCUGGCCGAGGAACUCCAAAGGGCGGUGGACGAAGACGCCGAGGCCGGCGAAAGGGCUGCCGAUGAGCUGGCUCAGAGGGAUAGUCCUGCCGGUGAGGAGAAUCCCAACCCCGUGCCAGGAUCUGGCGCCGGACAAAAGUUUAUGAACGGCGAGAAGAGCUUCUCGCCGAGCAGCUCCGUGUCCAGCUCCUCGAGCGGAUCGUCGGCCUACAAGAAGAUAGCCGACAUAUUCAAUCGCGAGAAAAAGCAGGAAAAGAUCAUGGAAAUGGAAGAGAAUCCCAUAGUGAUUAUCCCACAGGAGUGCCGUUGCCCGGCUGCUCCGGACUUGGGCAUGGGCAUCCAGGUGCCAGUCGUUCAUACGCAAAUCCAUCGCACGCCGCCCCGUCAGACGGAGCAAAAGCGCCAAUUCUUGUCCUCCACUUUGGCGCCGCUAACCGCCUGUGUGGCCGGCAACAAGGACGACCUCUCCUCGUACUAUACCCUGGCGGCUGCUGCUGCCGGUCACCCGCAUGCCCAUGGCCACGCCCAUGCUCAUGCUCAUGCCGCGCACUAUGCUGCCGCCGCCGCGUCAGCGGACUUUAACAUGAGUCAGCUUUUGGGGGCAGCAGCUGCGGCAGCCGCCUCCGGAGAUCCGGCGGCCCAACAUGCCGCCGCAAUGGCUGCCCAGGGUUUGGCCCAGGGACUGGGUGCAUCCGGAGGCGCCUUAACCGGCGGCGAGGAAGUGCGCAAGGUGGCACCGGACGUAAUUGCUGGAACACCGGGCCAAGAGGCGGCCGGUCGGGCGGAGCAGGACGAACUGGCAGCCUUCGCCCAGGCGGAGUCGAAGCGAACGGAGCAGCUAAAGAAGCGAUACACCGGCGCGGAUCCCUCCCAGUCCCAGGCCAGCAGCGACGACGAUGAGCAAAACGACUACGGGUUCAACAAGAGGCCAUCGGUACGCGGGAUCAAGCCCAAGUUCAGCUCCACCAACGAGAUUCUGGCCCAAAUGCAGGAGCAGCUCACGGCGGCCAUUCCAGCCACUGUGGUUAAUAGUCAGCCAGUGCCACAGGCCGUCAAGUCCUAUGCCAUGCCCAACACUCUCAAGCAAAACCCCUCGCCGCAGAACGUACCACAACAACAGCAGCAGCAAAUGCAACAACAGCAGCAACAGCAGAUGCAGCAGCAACAGCAGAUGCAGCAGCAACAGCAGAUGCAGCAGCAAAUGGCUGCCGCCCUUCAAAAGACGGAGCAGCGAACGUGGAGUUUCUAUAGUGAGACCGGCGAGCAGCAGCGGUUCCCCAUGGAUGCGGCUGCCAUACAACAGACCUACUACCAGACCCUUCCCGCCGGCACCAUGUUCCGCCAGACGAUGAUCCAGCAGGGCGCGGCCACAGCUGCCGGCGGCUCAGGAGGGCCGGAUGAUGCAUCGCUUCUCUACGCCGCCGCUGCCGCAGCCGCGGGCCAGAAUUGCCAGAGUAUGACGGCGACAGCGACGGCCACGGCCAUCGAGCAGAGCAAGCACAGCGCGGCCAGCUACAGCAGCCACUUUGCCCGGAGCCCCACCAGGCGGCCGGAGUCGCCGCCCCCUCUAAGGAACUACCACCAGACCAUGGUGCUCAUCCCGUACAAUGCGGAGACCUACUCCCAGUUCGCCACCAGCAGCAGCGUUGACCCCAAGCUGGCUCACAUCCAGCGACAGAACAUUCUCGAAUACCAGCAGGUCACCCAACAAACGAUCCGUGUGCCCAUUGGUUACGCCCUUCCCGGCAUGCAGCUCCAUGUGGUAAGUGGGCGUGGCCAUGCCGCCCACUAUGGCCAGCACCAGCAGCAACAACAGCAGCAGCACCCGCAACAGCAACAGCAGCAACAGCAACAGCAGCAGCAGCAACAGCAGCAGCAGCAACAACGCCUGAUUGCCGGACACUAUCAGUUCGGGCCAGAGGGGGGCAUGCCGGUGUUUAGCGAGCGCGGAGUGCCGGAGGGAGCAGCUGCCGUGUCGCACAGUGAUUGCAACGCCAUGGUAUCGCCAACAGGAGGAGCAGCAGCAGCAGCAGCUCAACAGCAACAGCAGCAACACCAGCAGCAGCAACAGGCGGCUGCUGCCGCGGUGGCAGCUGCCGGAGGCGGAAUGGGAGUGGCUCAGGCUCAGGGAUCCGUGUAUUAUGCGAUGAAUGUAUGACCCGCGAUGGAAUAGUCGCUGCCAGCGGCGGUCAUCGUCGAGCGCCGCCAGUGUCAACGUGUCGAGUUGUCAGCGACGUCAGUCCAUCUGGGGAGUGGGGGACUGGGCGGGGGUUUUGGCGGCAGAUGAGCUGCCAGUGGAUCCCCGAAAGCCCUCCUGUAAUCCACCCCUCAGCCAAGUGAGAAUGUCCUCGAGUGCGAGUUCCCAUCCGCUGAUUUGAGUUGCCCCUCAGUUGACCCUAGCGAGCGAUUUGCUUUUAUUUUGUCUCUCAUUUAAAGCUAAAAAUAUGUGUAUCCUAAUUGGUAAUCGUACUUCAUGUUAACGUAUGUAUAUUUGUCGUGUUUUAGCCCGGAUCUUGGGCAUCCCAAAAAGAUUUUAUUUAAAGAUAAAGGCGAAAGAUGAAAAUCUAAACCAAAACACACAACCAAACACAUGAAUUUAUUUCAAGCAUAUACAAUGCUAGGUGCUAUGUAUGCAAAAAAAAAAAAGUAAAAGAAAAAAAAUACAUCAUUAAUUUAAAAAAGCUUACACUUACAUAGUACAUAACUUUUUAAAUCACUAUUUUUUUUUGGGUUGCUGUUAACCAUAAAAAAACCGAGUUUUGCUCAAUGGAUAAAGUGCAUUUGAUUUAUAGAUUUUUGUUGGUGUAAGAGCGCACCUAUAUAUAAAAACAUAAACAUAUAUAUGUAUAAAUAUGCGAUUGCUAAACUAAAUUAUACACAAAUUAUAUUGGAUUAUAUUGAAUUGAUAUUACAAAGUAUUUCCAAUGUAGUGCAAUUUGUUGCUAACUCCAAAAGUUCUCUUGACCAAGAGUACUUAAAGAUUGUACACGUAAUAUAUAAAUAUAUCUGAUGAACAUCAAAAUUAUAUAACUAUUUUAGGCAUAGGCUUUAUUUACGACUAUAUGGAUUUUAAAUUUAGUUUAACGCAUUUUUUUUUGUCCUAGCAUUAUGUACAAUAAAUUACGUGUUUUUACAAACGUUUGUUAUGAUUUUGUUAUGCUUAAGAGGUAGUAUAUAGACGUGAAAGGUAUCCUUCCAGAGAAGGAUCUUUAUGUUACAGUUUGUUUUGGUUUCAUUGCAUUCUUCAUCUUCCGAAACAAAAAACCAGUAUGAGAACAAGGGAAAAGAAUUGUUUUAAGAGAUUUGAGAAUAUAUAUAUUCACAUCGCAGGUGGCUCAAAGCGUAGCAUACUUUUUGGCGCUCCAAGGGAUAUUUGAAAUCUCCGGAAACAAUUGCCUCUGUCCAUCUAUCUCUCUCGAGAGUAUUUAGUGCCAAAAACUUUCUCUCUCAGUCACUCCCUGAAACUCCUCAUUCCAACUAGAUUCUAGCUGAUAAAAGUCAAGAGGAAGAUACUAUAUACAAGUCAUGAGAUCAUGGAUAAAAAAUGUUACAUGCUCUAGUAUAUAGGUACAUACAUAGAUACAUAUACAUACAUAGCACAUAAAACCAAAUGAACAAAAAGUAUAUAAUUAUUGUAUUUCAAUUGAGCUAUUGUGUUAAUGUCUAUAACGAAAAUAUUGAAACUAUUGAAAGGAAGGUGACGAAUUAUUGAGUGCAAUACCGCUAGCCGGAAACGGAAGUUGAGAAAAGUAAACAGGAAACAGUAACCUUAAAUAAGACAAAGAACAAAAAACAACAGACAACGCAUUGCAGUGAGACCGCGCGAAAGAGAUAGUUAGAAAUUGUUAGCCAACUAGAAAGAGUCAGAGUCAGAAUAUAUUGAGACGGCGUGCAUAACGAAAAAAUUUAGUCAUAGAUUAAAAAGCGAUUUGAACGAUUAAAGCGAUUAGCUAUAAACGAUAAAAUAAAGCGUGGUUUUAGGUGUUCGAUCAUUAAGUUUUCAGUUUUCGUUUCUGAUUUGGUUCCGCCGAAAAAUUAUUGUGAAACACUGAGAGCAACCAGGAUUAAAAUUGACUAUGAAACGCAGCGCGAUUUGCUUAUUAUAAUUAAUUAAUUAGGAAAGCCAGAUAGCGAGCGAGAAUAAAGCGAUUAAUAAUUAUAUGUAUAUAUACAUAAAGGCAUAUAUAUAUGUAUACAAGGUUAUAUACUAAAUGUUUAUGUAAUACAUAAAUGGCAUUGAACGAAUUCUCAAGCACAUUGCAAAAGACCCCAAAAUUGCAUUACAUGUCCCAAAAAUCUCAAUCGUUUUUUGUGGUUUUGCAAUAAAUAAAUACAAACAAACAAGUGGAAGCCCCAUAAUUUUUUCUAUGCAAAUGUAGUUGAAAAUAUAUAUAUAUACAUACAUAUAUAUAUGAAGAAGCGAUACAAAUAUAUAUACAUAUAUAUUUAGAAACUGAUAGACAGUAUCCUAUUCAAUUGAUUUUGAGUUCUGAAUUUGGCGAACAAGAUCGGAAACAAAAAGAAAAGUGUAUGAAAUAGUAGACUAAGAUCGAAUAUUGAUAUUAACCAUGCAUGACUCUAUGUAUACACAUACAUACAUGUAAUCUCUGGGAGAUUACAAACAAAACGAAGACAAAAUCAACAAAACGUAUAACUCAAUAUAAAAAUUACAUUUACAAUUGUUGAAAGCGAUGGAUCGAACAGUGAAAAUAUCGAGAGAUCACGCGAAAAGCAAAACACGAGUAUAUAACAAAUUUCAACAAAUAUAUGACUGAGCCAGUGACUCAAAAAUACAUUUUAAACAACAAAUGAAAACGAGAAAUAUAUGAGAAAUAAAGA